GCCUCGUCAGAGCACUUCCGUAAGUACUCGCUAAAGCACACCACCACUGCUUAGUCAUGUGUCCCUGUGCCUGACAUCCCCAGAUCGUACAGAGCACAGCUGACUCCAGCUACGUGCUCGAUUCCUCCAAUCCGGUCGCGGCUUACUCCUGGCUCGUACAACGGAUCUCCGAUUGCAUACUCUCGGUCAUUCGCAACAACCCACCCAGUCAUGGUUUCCAACACACAGCCUCUGUCCAGUGGACUAGUACAGGAAAUCAGCUUCUCCGCAAACCAGCCUGCAGACCUUCCCAGUCGGGUUUCCCCACUUCUUUGUACGUGGGAGCUUACGCCAUCUAAGAAAGGCCUAAAACGACAAUUCUUGUUCAAGACUUUCAACAAUGCGUGGAAGUUCAUGGAUACAGUGGCACAGGAAUGUAAAGUCCAAAGACAUCACCCCGAGUGGUCGAAUCUGUACAACAAAGUAACAGUCGAGUGGACCACACACAGGCCGGAGGGGCUGAGUGUCAAGGACGUGGAUAUGGCCGAGUUUUGUAAUAAGAUUGCGAACGAAAUAGGGCUGAAAGACUCGUAAAAUCUCAGGAAGAAUGUAACCUCGAGAUGGUACCCAUAUCUUGCCUGCAUUCUUCUCAUUUGGAGAUUAGCUGAUUAUGAUACAUGCAUCAGCUUCACCACCCGGGUCAGCACUCUCCGAGAAAGUCUUACUGUAUACCCCACACGUGGGCAUAUCCUUGCAUACCACUUCCUAUCCAAGGC